CGUGCCCAGCGGCCCGCAUCGCGGUGCCUGAGCUCUGCAUCGGUCACCCCCCUGCGCGGGGGAGCGCACGGCGGCGGGCGAUCGCGCUGGAGUCCUCUGAAGAAAAAUAUGCUGCUUAAAUGAAUCCCAGCUCCUCCUUUAUACCAAGAACUCUUAAGGAUGCUAGCAGAAGAAGAAGGUGAACUGAAAGCUCACCUGCAGCUCAGAAAAAUAAUAAAGACAUGGAGUUUUGAGAAGUGAAGGUAGCAUGGUGUUAGCCAUGGGUGAUCAAGACACAGCCAGAUAAUGUGGAUCAGUUUCUAUAAACUACGGCUUUUCUGCUGUCUGCUUGCAGUGUUGACGGUGGUGGUGCUUGUCAUCAAUGUUACUCAGGUAGAGUAUUUGGACCGUGAGACUGUCUCGGCCACAUUCAUUGACAGCAGCGGACAGUUUGUUUCCUCUCAGGUGACAGGGACUAGCCGGAACCCGUACUGCGGCUACGAACAUCAGACUCUCUCCAGCCAGGAGCGCGCGGAGGAGGACUCCUUGCUGACCGCCUUACAGAGGCAGAUCCCUGACGUGGGCCCUGUCCCCUUUGUGAAGAGCAGUGACCCUUCUUCCAGCUACUUUGUCAUCUUGAACUCUGCAGACUUCUUCAAGGUGGGAAGCCAGCUAGAGGUGCUGGUUCACGUACAGGAUUUUCAGAGGCAGCCCAAGAAGUAUGGUGGAGACUACCUGCAGGCCAGAAUCCACUCCCCGAAGCUGCAGGCAGGGGCUGUGGGCAGGGUGGUGGACUACCAGAAUGGCUUCUACAAGGUCUUCUUUACUUUGCUCUGGCCCGGCAAAGUUACAGUGUCCGUCUCUCUGGUCCACCCCAGUGAAGGGAUCAGAGUUCUUCAGCACCUACAGGAAGAGAAACCAGACAGGGUCUAUUUCAAGAGUCUCUUUCGUUCAGGAAGAAUUUCUGAAACUACUGAGUGCAACGUGUGUCUUCCUCGGCUCCUGCCCCUGUGUAACUUUACAGAUCUGUACACGGGCGAGCCCUGGUUCUGCUUCAAACCAAAGAAGCUUCCUUGCAGCAGCAGAAUCAACCAUUUCAAAGGCGGCUACCAGAAGGGCCUCCUGACCGCUGCCGAGAGCGCUUUCUUCCAGAGUGGUGUCAAUAUAAAAAUGCCAAUCAACUCCAGCGGACCUGAUUGGGUGACUGUAGUUCCCAGGAGAAUAAAAGAAUCUAACAACCUAGAACUAUCUCAAGGCUCAGGAACUUUUCCUUCGGGGCAUUAUUACAAAGAUCAGUGGAAGCCUAGAAACUUUAAGAUACGCCAGUUUAAUGACCCUGACAAUGUUACAGAAUGCUUGCAAAGGAAAGUGGUGUAUUUAUUUGGUGACUCAACAAUCAGGCAGUGGUUUGAAUACCUAACUACCUUUGUUCCAGAUUUAGUGGAGUUUAACUUGGGUAGCCCCAAGAAAGUGGGUCCCUUCCUUGCGGUGGACCAAAAGCACAACAUCCUGCUCAAGUACCGCUGCCACGGUCCACCCAUCCGCUUCACCACUGUCUUCAGCAGUGAGCUCCAUUAUGUGGCCAAUGAGCUGAAUGGUAUUGUGGGAGGGAAGAACACCGUGGUGGCCAUCGCUGUGUGGUCUCAUUUCAGCACCUUCCCCUUGGAAGUGUAUAUCCGGCGGCUCAGGAACAUCCGUCGAGCAGUGGUCCAGCUCUUGGAUCGAAGCCCUAAGACCGUGGUAGUUAUCCGGACAGCCAACGUCCAAGAGCUGGGGCCUGAGGCGAGCCUUUUCAGCAGUGACUGGUACAACUUUCAGCUGGACACCGUCCUUCGGAAGAUGUUCUCAGGGAUUGGAGUAUAUCUCGUUGAUGCCUGGGAGAUGACCCUAGCCCAUUAUCUACCCCAUAAGCUACAUCCGGAUGAAGUUAUUGUGAAGAACCAACUGGACAUGUUCUUGUCCUUUGUGUGCCCCUUGGAGACCUAGCCUGCCGUGAAGAGGACUGAAGGAAUUACUUUCAGUGACCUUUUCCAUCACCUGCAUUACAGAAAGUUAAUGGAUGUCCCUGUGGAGAUACGGCCAUCAUUGAUGUGUAAAAAAAAAAUUUUAAGAGCUGGACUUUAUAUAAUGACUUGUGAAGAGUUUAGAAAACACAGGUUACAUUAUAUCUAUGUAUAGGAUAUUUUCCAGGUUUGACUUAGUUACGGAGAACCAUCAACAGCAUCCACACACUGAUUGCCCUUUUAACCAAAGAUGCAAAUAAGUGUGUUUCAACUAGGUUCUCCUGGGAGAGGAGAUUACUGUGCUAAACAGUGUGAGAAAUGUUCUGAUCUAAAUGGAAGGGACAGUGGAGUGUUUGUAGCUUAUCCGGCAAAAGAGAUUGAGCACAUCAGCACGAGCAGCACCGUUGGUGCCUCUUCAACGGGCGAACUAACCAGGCUUAUAAUCAGUGGCUCCUGUAACACACUGAAGACUCCCGUGUCUCAGAGUUUCUCUUGAUCAUCUACUUUUUCUGAAUUACUUGAAAUGACCAGUGUCCUUGCUCAGAAUUUUUAGUGAAAUAUUUACAAUGUCCUGCUUUUAUCUAGAAAAAAAUCAAAAGGGAGCUAUGAAAACAGUAUGCAUAAAAUCUUUGUGUUCAGUUGAUAUUUGCAUGGGGUGAUUGUUACUUAUUUAAUUCAGCUAAACUUUACAUUAUGAAUACUUAGUCUAAAGUAACUACUUUUGGAACUGGAAAAGUGAAGACUGUAAACAGAAACGAAUUUUUCUGUUCUGAAAUUUGAGCGUUUCAAGAAUUGACUUUUAUGUAUAGAGUGCUAUUGUUUAUUAUAAAGUUGUGAAAAGUAUUUCCAUCUAUUUCAAGUGGGGUUUUGUUGUUGUUGUUGUUCUUGGUAUUUUUGUACCAGAUGUUAGACUUUGGUCCUUGAGUGUGGCUAAGGAAAGAAAUCAGACCCAAGAAACUCAAAUACAAGCAAAAAUUUAUUUACAAAGUAACAGGGGUUGAAUAAGUGAGUCAUAGAAGAAGUGAGCCAGCUGGCCUAUGUGGACUCAGUAAACAAGUUACCGAGGUAAAAGAAAAGAAGGGCCCUUGGAUUUUAGGAGAAAAAAAAAGGCAAAGAAAAUAUGCGUGGGAGAAGGAGGGAAAGGCUCAGGUGUGCUCCCAAGAGAGCCCACCUGGGGAAAGACGAGGGUAGGGAAAGGCACAGGCAUGCUGUAGAGUUGGGGGAGAGGGGAGGAGCGGGAACCUUUCUUCUGCCAAGGUACAUUUGGGUAUUUAUAACAUCAUUUGAAUCCUUUGUCUUAAGGGUUUUAAUCUGGAGGGCUCAAGGGAGGAUCUCAAUAGAAUAUAUAUCAGCUUUCCAGAUGUGUUCUUUCAAGGUCAUGGUUGGUGCCAGUGCAGGGGGUCAUUAGUCAUUGCAGCUGGUCCUGACGUCAGCCAUGGUGUCACCCCUGCCUGGCUUUGCUGCUUUUCUAGGCCUGGAGCUGAAACACAACUGAGGCCUACAUGUUAUCUCUAGUUUGACAGAAACUCUGUCUCUGUGGCUUUGCUCCUAAGAUUAUUUGAUGCAGGUCAGAAGCUCAUUGUCUUGAGGGCCUAAUGCUUAAGGAAGUAGUCGUGCAAGGGUUUGUAUGGGAGGCCUAUGAGGCUAUUCUCUGGCCCUGCCUUGUUCCUCCUCUAACGUGUCUACCACAUGACUAGCCGCGUGCCAGGGAAGGAGAGAUCGGGGAGGGUCUGAACCACAUGACCAGAAAUAUGAAGGUCAGGGGGUCUACACCCCAUGACCAGCCAUAUCCCAGGGGCGGAAAGGGAACUCUGGGGCCAAAAUCCCUUCAUGUAAUACUUGUCCUCCCAGUUUUUCCCAUUGCUAGGUACCCAGGCUUUCUGCCCUGAUGACCUUCUAUACCUGACCUGCUUUGCUCGUACCUGCCUAACUGCCUACCAUAUCAUUUUCAAUUGGAUACCAAAAUUAGAAAUCAAAAUUAAUUAGAAAUUAAGGUUAGAUAUUGAAUCCUAUGACAGGUUUUUCUUGAUUUGGGCAUAAUAUACAUAUAAUUCUCUCAUGCUUGGAAGUCAAAAGCUGCUGUUUUUACUGGCUAUCUUAAAAUAAAUGGUACUUGACUAAAUUUAAA